AUGUCCGUUCGCGGAGGCCAGCUGCGGGUGCGGCCCGGGACCCACCUCUCCUGGCUGCUGUGCUGCAGCGCCCUGCUGUCCCCGGCCGCGGGCUAUGUGAUCGUGAGCUCGGUGUCCUGGGCUGUCACCAACGAGGUGGAAGAGGAACUGGACAGCACCUCCACCGAGGAAGCGCUGCCCGCGCUGCUGGAGGACUCCGGUAGCAUCUGGCAGCAGAGCUUCCCCGCCUCGGCGCACAAGGAAGACUCGCACCUGCCGCCCCCCGCGGGCACCGCCCGCGCCAGGCCGCCCCCUGCGCCCCCCGGGAUGUUCUCCUACCCGCGCGAGAGCGGCCCCAGGUUGCGCCCCGGCACCGCCCGCUUCCUGGCCCACGCCAGCGCCUGGGGCUGUCUGGCCACCGUGUCCACCCACGAGAAGAUGCCUGGACUGCCAUUUGGAAACUGCCUGCCCAUCAGCGAUGGCCCCUUAAGCAAUAGCACUGGGAUUCCUUUCUUCUAUGUGACACCCAAGGACCCUGUGGUAGCCGAUCUGAUGAAGAACCCCAUGGCCUCACUCCUGCUACCUGAAUCAGAAGGAGAAUUUUGCAGGAAAAAUAUUGUCGACCCGGAAGAUCCUCGAUGUGCCCGGCUAACCAUCACUGGCCAGAUGAUCAUAGUGUCCCCAGAGGAAAUAGAAUUUGCCAAGCAAGCCUUAUUUUCAAGGCACCCAAUUCUCAGAAAGUGGCCUCGUCAGUAUGAAUGGUUCUUUAUGAAGAUGAGAAUAGAACAUAUCUGGCUUCAAAAAUGGUAUGGUGGAGUAUCCGACAUAUCAAGGGAGGAAUAUUUCAAAGCAGUUCCAAGAAAGGCCUGAUGAAAUAAGAAGAAAAUCCUCAGUGUUUGAAUAAAAUGAAAACCUUUGAAUGAUGCCAGACAGCCAUUGCCUGCUGUCUCUUUAUUGAAGGGCUCAGAGCAGCCCUGUCAUCCUUACAGCAGAAGAGAGAGGGUGGCCAGGGAACCCUGUGCUAGACCAGAGAUCAAAGUGGUCCUUUGCGACUCUCCCAUUCAUACAGGCACUUCACAUAGAUAGUCUGUUUAUGCUGUAUUCCAGCCUAUACUCACUCACUUGGGAAUCAUUGUUGGUGGUCAAAAGGACAUGUUCCAUUCUUUAAGACAAAAAAUAAUAUGCCUGUAUGUACAAUGUGAUUGCUUUGUAUUGUGAGAGAAUCUUUGUUACUUGCUAUGACAAAAGCAGUGUCUUGGUUCUAAGUUCAUUGAAACCACAAAAGAAUUAAAUAGGCCUCGCUCAGCCACAAUCUUGUGUUUAGGCUGAGGGCUUCAGGAUAUUUAUGCAUGAAUUGCUCAUCACGCUACUGGAUUGCAAAUGCAUUAAAACCCAUUUGCUAGAAUGUAUUGGUUACAUAUGAUGCUUGUUCCCACUAUGACAUGAGGAGCCACGUACACAGCUCUGAUCUGUGUGAGCAGGCCACAGAGGCACAGUUACAAGAGGGGGAGCUUUAGCAUCAAGCUCCAGAGUCCCUACGGCUGAUACCUCUGUUAGAGGGCUUCCUUCUCUCAGGCAUUUGGAGUGGCACCCAAAAUAAGAAGCACCUAUUCUGUGACAUAGAGAGGAGAGGAAAGAAGUGAACCAGAGAAAGGAGCAAAGGCAAUAAAAAAGAAGGAAGGAAAGAAAAGUCAAUCCUGGAAAGCAAGAUCCCUGCCCAGCCUUUGACCCUUAGCUAUCAAGAUCAUCUCAUUUAAGAUGUAUGACCACGGAGAGGUGUAUCAUCCUUGCUGCUGACAGACAAGAAAACUGAGAAUCACAGAGACUAAGUCAACAUCCAGAACUCAUCAAAUGCAAUGAAUGGAGUGAUUCCAUGAAGAUUUCCAGCUUUAAGAAUAAGGCAAAGAGUUACUGAUAUUCAUAUGUAGUCAGUGAACUGGGAAGAUCAGUAAAGUGAUAAUUAACCUGAUGAUUUGCCACUGCUUUCUGCUCCCAAAAAGCUCUGAAGUUUGAUUCUUAGUAAAUAUUUUAAAUUUUGUACAAAUUAUUCAGAAGCUCAUUAUGCUUGCAAGAAACUACAUUGCACCUAUGUACACAUCUAAGACCUAUAAGGACCUACGUAUACAUAUCCAAGAACUCUUGUGUUGAAAUCUAUCAAGGAUCUAGCAACACCCAAUUUUCUGUCCUUUACUAGCUGUAAAAUCUCUUUGGUGGGUUAGGUGACAUUGUAAAACAUCAAAAAAUCAUUAUAUAUAAGAAAUGUGCAUUUUUAAAUUUUAAAAAAGUGUUACUAAUGGCUACCCUUUUAAAAAAUUAAGGCAUGAAGAGAGUUUGAAUUAUUAAAAUAUAUUUUUAAAGGCCUGUAAAUAAAAGCAUAGGAGUGCACAGAGUUUUUUAUUUAUCAAAAGCCAAUUCUCAAGAGUUCCUAAGAGUGGCUAUUUCUAAUAUACAAGAAUAAGGUAAUAUUGAGGGUAUUUCAUAUUUCAGAAUUUAAAAACUGUUGCUACCCCCUAUAUGGAAGUAAGAGGGAGAAAUGGAAGAACAAAUGUUGUACUCCAUAUAUGAGCCUCAAACCUUAAUGUUUAAACAACUCUGCCUCCUGAUCCUGUUUUAUGGAUAGCGCUCCUAAUCUAGGUUUCGCUUUUAUAAUCAGGUUCCACUUUGCUCAUUAAAGGUUAUGCUGCUGCUUCGAGGGGUUUGGCAGUGUGGGUCUCAUUUAUUAGCACUGAUAAAUAUUAUCAGGUAUUUAUUCAAAUUACAGGAAAUGAAAUAUUAACAAGUUGUUUAAUAAGCAGAGUAAAGAAAAUGCCUAAAUUUGAGUCUGAUAAAGCCCAUUCAGGCCAGUAAGUUUUAGCAAAUUUCUAGAAAUUUACAUGUGUAAAAAUGUUAAAGGGUAUAUGGAAGUUCUAAACACAGUAACAAGCCCCCAAAAUAAAAGGAAUAUGAUCAGAAAGAAUGAAAUUAAAGUCUACUUACAAAUGACAUGAUGUCUAUAUAGAAAAUUCCAAAGAAUCUAUUUUUUAAAACAGAUAGAACUAGUGAGUGAGUGCAGCAUUGUCUCAGGAUACAAGAUCACCACACAGAAUUUAAUUGCAUUUCUAUAUAAUAGCAAUGAACAUGUGGAAACCAAAAUUUAAAACAAUACUUGUAAUCAAUCUAAAGAAAAAUACUCGUAGAAAUUUAAGAAAAUAUGCAUAGAAUCUUUAUAGAAAAUUACAGAUGCUAAUGAAAUAAAGACUUAAAUAAAUGAAGAAAUAUACCAUGUUUAUGGAUUGGAAAAUGCUACACUAAAGAUGCAUAUUUUCCCCCAAAUUGAUCAAUAGGUUUAAUGCAAUUUCUAUCAAAAUUCCAGGAAUGUUUUUGUAGACAUAUACAAGCUUCUAAAAGUUCUAAGUCACAGGCCUUGGAAUAACUUAGACACUCUUGUAAACGAGGAAUAAAGUAGGAGGAAUCACUUUAUCCAAUAUAAAUUUUUAUCUAUGUAUAUGGCUACAGUAAUCAAUGCAGAGUGGUUCUGGUGAAGACACAGACACAUAGAUCAAUGGAAAAGAAUAGAAAAUCUAGAUAUAGACCUAAAGCUCAUGCUCAAUUCCUUUUUUUGUAGGGGUGGAGAAGGCUAGUCUUUUCAAUAAAUAUACUGGAAAACAAAACCCAAUAGUUUAAAAGAAAUUCAUUGAAAAUGGAAAACAUGAGCAGAUUUUUCACUGACUGAAGAGAAUCUGCAAACAGCAAAUAAGUACAUGAGAAGAUAUUUAACAUCAUUGUUCACUAGGGAAAUACAAUUAAAACCACUAUAAAAUAUUGCUUCAUACCUACUAAAAUGGAUAAAAUAUAGUAACAUCAAGAAUGCAAAGAAACUGGAAAAGUCCUUUAUAGCUGAUGGAAAUAUAACAUGGACUAGCCACUCUGGAAAACUAUUUAACAAUUUCUUAUUAAACUAAUCACGUAGUCACUUACCACUUAGCAAUUGCAAUCCUGGGCAUUUAUCCCAAAGAAUUGAAAACUUAAGUUCACACAAAAAUUUGUACAUGAAUGUUCACAGCAGCUUUAUAUAUAAUAUUCAAAAACUCAUCAAUCAGAAGUCUUUUAAUGGAUGACUCAUGAAGCAAAGUGUGAUAUAUCUAUGCAUGGAAUACUACUCAGCAAUAAAAGGAACUAAUUUCUGAAGCAAGCAACCACUUGGAUGACUCCAGAAAUUUAUGCUGAAUUAAAAAGCCAAUCCCAAAAGGUUAUAUACUGUAUAAUUACAUUUAUAAAAUAUUUUGAAGUGCAAAAUUCUAAAAAUAAAAAACAGAUCAGGAGGGCCUCCCCUGGUGGCGCAGCA